AAAAGAACAGAACAGAGUUUUCCACCGCACCCUCGGGAAAAAAAACCCACUUCAACACACCCACCAAAAUGACCUAUCGCCACAACCAAACCGUCGAAGUGAUCGGAAAUCAAGAACCUUAUAAGUGCUCCUAUUACCCAGCAACACUCCUCGCCGCAAUCGGAAAAACCCGGUACCUGGUCCGGUACCAAACCCGGUUCACGGACGACAAGUCAAGACUACUAACCGAAUCCCUUCGCGGUUCGGAGAUUCGGCCGGUCCCGCCCGAGAUUCAGGCUCCUGGGUUCGCGGCGGGGGAGCGGGUCGAGGUCUGCGCCAACGGAGGGUGGUGGGUUGGGAGGGUUGACCGGAGUGUGGAUCCGGUUUACUACGUGCGGCUGGAUGGUGACGGGAGUGAGUUGCGGUGUCCUUUGUACAGAGUGAGGAAGCACUUGAUAUGGGAUGAUGGGAAGUGGGUUUGUUCUGGAACUGGAAGUAGGCCUCAGAACUUUGAAGCAAAAGAUGUGGAAUGGAAGGGUUAGCUUAGAAGAGAAUCACAAAUUAGCCAUGUUGCAGCUUGAGAGGUAGCUUAGGGAAGCACAAUGGUAUGAAUAGUCUGCUCAUUUUUCUUCUAUAGGUGAUGGGGUCCAAAACUUCUGUGAUAUGCUUUGUGUUUUCCACAGAGUUGGAAAUGUUUGUUUUUUCACAAGUGAGAAGAAGACAGAAACUUUGAGACAGUGAUUUGAAAUUCUGCAUUGGAUAGAUGGGCCUUUACCUGUAGUGGUUACAUACAUAUUGUGCGUAAAACGUCCAGUUAGUCUUUUUGUGUUCAUCUUGAUUUCAUUUCCUCGUCCCUUGUAACAUAUCUAUCGAUUACUUCACAAUAGGUUUGUCGAGGAUUUGCUAAGUGAGAACAUUUGGUACUUGAACAUAUUCAGUUUUUGCACUUCCUUUUCGUCUA